CUCAAACACCAUCCCCUUCGCCUGCUCACCCUAUGACCCCGCCUUGGCUCUGAGCAGCAGGGAAACUUAAAAUUGACAAGAGAGAAACAUACAGAUAAUUAGGCGAUCAGAGCCUGCCCUUCCCUUUGUUUCUCGGUGUCGGGUUCAUUAUUCUUACUUCUACACAUUGCGUCGUCACACAUUAUAUCCCGCCGUUUGAGAAGAUUAUGGUCGGCGUGCCGAGGAGUACAGGAUGUGCGACAUGUGUGUCGAGACGCAUCAAGUGCGAUGAAGGACGACCGACCUGUCAGAAAUGCGAAAAGGCUGGACGUUCAUGUCCAGGCUAUGCCCGAGAUCUCCAAUUCAGAAACAGGACGAUGACGGUCGUGUCAAGGAAUACGCGACCCAUAGUAGUCGACUCAAUAUCCUCGGCGUCACCGACAGACUCUAGCAGUAGUCUCGGUAGCGAUUCUUCAGACCUACGUAGGGAUUCUGUUGUUGCGACAACCCCUCCAGAGGUGGACAGUGUAAAGUCGCUGCAUUUGCCUCGGACGGAACAGCUGCAAAUCAUGUCAGCAUUGAUAGACGGGUUUGCGCCGCCCUCGGCAGAACCGACGCAAGGCCCUUCGAUGAUACGAGACUGGCUCUCCUUUGUCUAUUAUCGUAUAGGUUCGACCACACCCUUGGAUUUGGCUAUGCGAUCGGUCGCUUGUAUGCAAUUUGGUUUACGGACAAAGGACACAAACAUGAUCAAUGUCAGUCGUGGCUACUACGGGUAUGCUCUCCAGACGUUACGAAAGGCCCUCAUGGCUCCUGCCACGGCGCAAUCCGAGUUGCAGAGCACAGUGAUGCUACUCACAUUUUACGAGCUCAUGUCGAAUCGAAAAGAGGAUGAGUGGGUACGGCACUCCGGUGGUUCAGUGGAGAUGAUGCGAGUGCGAGGUCCUAGUGCCUACACAAAUCGUAAAAGCUUCGAUUACUCCAUGUAUCUGGUGUGCAGAUACUACAUUGUAAUGGAAGCCUUCUACAAACGAAAAGCUUGCUUCCUGGACAGUCCAGAAUGGAACACACUAGCUCGAGAUCCAGACUCAGCAGAAGGAGACAUCCGAGAAUCCAUGUUCCGCAUCCACGUCCAGAUACCAGGGUUGAUCCGAAACGCCCAAAGGACAGCCGCAGGCCAAUACGACGCCUUUGAACUAAUUAAGAAGACGGUCGAAUUACGGACAACCGUGAAACAACUCUACGAUCAAUGGAUCGUAGAAUUAAUAGCCACAAACAACAUGCCCACCGAAGUCCCUGGCGAAGACGAGUUGUUCCCAAUGGUCUACCAUUUUAACAAUUUGGCAGUCCAUGGCUUCAUGUCGCAACACUGCUCGACAAUCAUCCAGUUGAACUCCGUACUCAUCCAGUGCGGGCUACCAGGAAAAGAGGAGUAUAUCCAAGAGUGUCGUGAGCAAGCCGAGCAAUUGUGCAGAUAUGUGCAGUUUGCUCAAGGCAGAGUUUUGGGAUCCAUUUUAUUGCACUUUUGGCUCAUCACUGCCAAAAGACAUGCAGAAGAUAAAUAUCAGGAUUGGAUAAGUGCCAAACAAGCGGCCAUCCAGAAAUGAAAAGAUAUUCACACAUGUCAGAAAAGCACAAAGAGACUUUAUAGCAUAAGCGUCCGAAAAUAUUUCGUGGUCCGCGAAAAGCAGUCGUGGUUAGGAACAGCAAAAAAAGAGGGACAAGAGAGCAAGACUUCAAAAACGUCAAGAGGCCAGAGUCAUGUAAUUAUUAUUAUACCCUUCCCUACCUUUGCCAAUUGCUGAUGCACCCACCGCAUCCGACCAGCUCCGGGCGUGCAAAGGAUGCAAAGGAUUCAUGAA